GGACCAAAAUGGCGUUCGAGACGUAAGAUUCUUACUCCUUCUUUCCAUUUCCGCGUCUUAGAUGAUUUCUUACCAGCCUUCAACGACCAAUCUAUGAUUUUAGUGAAGAAAUUACAUUCAUUAAUUGAUGAAAAAUUCGUUGAUAUUGUUCCUUUAAUAAUAAACUGUACUCUGGAUAUCGUUUGUGAAACGAUGAUGGGUUACCGUAUAGGGGCGCAACAAGGAGAAAAUACCGAUUACGUUAAUGCUAUUCACAACUUAGCUGAUUUUUUCAACAAACGAACAAUAACCCCUUGGUUAUGGUCGGAUUGUAUGUUUAAUUUCAGCAGCACAGGAAGAGGAUUUAACAAAGAUCUUGAUAUAUUGCAUAGUUUUACGAAGAAGGUUAUAAAGGAGAAAAAGAAAGCGAUGCUUUCACAACCAAUUGUGAAUGAUUCGGCUAAAAAAGAUGACGAAUUUCAAAUAAAAAAGAGAAAAUCUUUCAUGGAUUUGCUUUUAGAUUUGCAUCUUCAAGGUGAACAGAUAACAGAAGAAGGAAUUCAAGAAGAAGUCGAUACGUUCAUGUUCGAGGGUCAUGAUACCACAGCCAUGGGAAUCAUUUUCUCACUGUACUGCAUUGGCCUUUAUCCAGAAAUUCAGAAAAAGAUUUAUGAAGAGCUUGACUCUAUUUUUGGUGAAAACUCUGAAAGAAGUAUAACAAUGGAUGAUGUUAGGAAUAUGAAAUAUUUGGAAUGUGUUCUAAAGGAAAGCCAAAGAUUGUUCCCGUCAGUCCCUGUAAUUGGUAGAAAGCUUAAUGAAGAUAUUUUUUACAAAGGUCGAAAGAUCCCUAAAGGUACUACAAUGCACUGUAACAUCCUAGCACUACACAGGAAUCCUAAAAUUUUCCCCAAUCCUGAAGUAUUUGAUCCAGAAAGAUUCUUGCCAGAAAAUAGUUUGAAACGACACCCUUAUGGAUACGUACCAUUUUCUGCAGGGCCUAGGAAUUGUAUUGGUUAG